AUGGCUUUAUUGAUCGGACUGUCGUUUUGGCUUCUGCUCAUGGCAGCCGCUGCGGCGGCGGAACCACCAUUCUUGACCCAGGGCAAGCUCCGAUGGAUCAUGUAUUUGACCGGGGUCCAGGUGGCCAUCGGCGGAUGGGGAGACACCGCCGGCUUCGAAAAAGGGGCGAAAACAGAAAAGAGCAGGAAGCUAUUCGCUAGCAACGUCAAAGCCAUGCUAGAGGCGACUGGAGCUGAUGGCAUCGAUAUGGAUUGGGAGUAUCCAGGCGGCAACGGCGAAGACUAUAAGGUCAAUCCCAACUCCAGCAAAGUCUGGGAGAUAACAGCAUUUCCUGAACUUCUCGCUGCCGUCAGAGCUGCUGUAGGGCCUCUAAUGACAAUCUCAGCUGCAGUCCCAGGCCUAGAGCGAGACAUGCUGGCAUUCACUCCGGCCACUAUUCCGAGAAUCAUGGAGUCUAUCGACUUUCUGAACGUCAUGACGUACGAUAUGAUGAACCGUCGUGAUAACGUCACAAAGCACCAUGCUGGCACACAACAGUCGCUCGCAGCGAUCAAGGCAUAUCGCAAGCGUGGUGUGCCUGCAGAUCGUCUGAAUGUAGGAACGGCAUUUUACGUGAAGUGGUUCAAAACUGCAAACGGAAAGGAUUGCUCUGCACAAGCCACGGGAUGCCCUACUGAGCUGAUGGAAGAUCCAAAAACCGGAGCUGAUCUUGGAAAAGCUGGAGCUUUCUCAUGGCACGAUCAAGUACCGUCUGAACUGUCAAAUUCGUUUGAUAAGGCCCUGAAACAUGGCGUAUGUGACAGAGAAAGUGGAGGCUGUACAUAUUGGGAUGCAGACGAGCGGCUGUUCUGGUCCUGGGAAUCCAAAGAUACCAUUUACAGGAAGCUGCGCGUCGUCAUCGGCGAGAUGAAGUUAGAGGGUGCAUUUGCAUGGGGACUCGGUGAAGAUGCACCGGAAUUUGAACAUCUGAGUGGAGCGAAUCACGGGAUAAGUGAUGAAGAGAUAUCAAGGUCUUCCAAAAUUGAUGCCAUGAGGAACGCCGCCAGGUGGAGGAACGAGUUAUAG